ACCUGACGUAGCGAAACGUCAUCAAAUUGCGUCACGCACCGCGUAUGUGCACUUGUGUGACUUCCAAGUAAGAUUGAUUUGUAAAUAGGUAAACAUGCCUAUGAAAGGGAGGUAUCCGAUCAGAAGGACGCUGGAGUAUCUCCAGAAGGGCGACAUCAUUUUUAAGACGAGGGUGAAGAUCAUGACGGUGAAUUACAACACGCAUGGAGAGCUGAGCGAAGGAGCAAGGAAGUUUGUGUUCUUCAACAUCCCGCAGAUUCAGUACAAGAACCCUUGGGUCCAAAUAAUGAUGUUCAAGAAUAUGACGCCAUCGCCCUUCCUGAAGUUUUACCUGGAUGAUGGUGAACAAGUCCUGGUGGACGUGGAGGGAAAGGACUACAAGCUAAUUUCACAGCAUGUUAAGAAGAUUCUGGGUAAAUCAGAUGAAGUGCUGCAUGCGGAAGCUCAAGCCAAGAUGCAGGCGUCCCACCCUGCCAACUUCGGCCCAAAGAAGUACUGUCUGAGGGAGUGCAUAUGUGAGGUGGAGGGCCAAGUGCCGUGUCCCAGCACUACUCCGCUGCCAAAGGAGAUGACAGGCAAAUACAGAGCCAAGAUGGCAGAGACACAGGACUGAGAGGCUGAGCAGCUCACUUUUCCAUCUCCUCUUGACAUUUAUCUGGCUGUGAUGGCUAUAUUAAAGGACAUAUGCUCCAGCCAGAAGCUGCAGGAUCGCACUGACACAUGAUGGUCUGCUCCACCAUUUUCACCCAGACUUUCAACAUUCAUCAAUGCAGAUGUUAACAUCCAACUCUCAAUGUCUCAUCUAUGUGAAAUUCAUGUAUGCUUGAGUUACAGCUGGGAUAAAGUUUUACACUCAAAAAUUCUCAGUGUCGUGCAUGUAAGUGAUGGUGUAAAACAUGCAUAAUCCAUAUUGACUUAUCCUGCCAAAAUGAUACCAUUCCUCGAAACAAAGAAACCCCCAUUUGCUAUUC